UAAAUGCGCCCUGUUUAUAUCCAUGAUAUCAAGUUAACCUGGUUGCUGUAGUGACAGAACACAUUUCUGUAUUUCCUCUUUGUAUGCAGUUGACGCAGUUCUGCUGGACAUUAUUUGUUGAUAGUUUUUAGACAAUAGCCUAAGCUUUACUUGUUUUGUUUGUUGAAUAAUAAAUUAGCAAAGAUGCCUUAUUAUUUCAGUUAAAACAAAGAUUGAAAGAUCAAUCUGUGGUCAAUAAAAUGGCGACCUUUUCCCAAUAUUCCGUUGAAAAGGGAUCUGACACAGUCCAAGACUUCUUGUGUUCGACCUGCAAAGAUGAGGAACUGGAGGAAGGUGCUGAUUAUUACUGUGGAUCCUGCGUUAAGUUUUACUGUAAAAAAUGUAUUCACUUGCACAGUCAGUUGUUUAAGAAACAUUCCCCUCAUGGAAGGGGAGAUAUGAAGAAAUGGCCAGUUGCCAAGGAGGCGGAAGAUUUUCUUCUUAGAUGUGAUGUUCAUAAGGAGGAACACCUGAAAAUGUUUUGUAAAGGCCAUAGCCAGCUGUGCUGCUGUAAUUGUUCUUUUCUUAAUCACAGACAAUGCAAAGAAGUGUUGCUUUUAUCAGACAUGGUAAAAAAGACCUCCACGGACCUCAAACAACAAUCUGUUACUAUCGAAACUACUCUGGCAGAACUAAAGAAUAUACAAGACAACCAGGAGGCAAGCAUUCAAUCUGUUCAAAGUUCAUACGAUGAGCAGUUACACAAGAUACAGGAAACUCGCAGAGAAAUAAAUGCAGCCUUAGAAAGGUUAGAAAAAGAGACACUAAAGGAAAUGAAACAUACUCUGACAAAACUGCAAGUCUCUCUCACAAGUGAUGUUGACAAAUACACCACACUUAGAGAGGAGUUAAAACAACUUCGAGAUGCCAUGCACAACAUAGGUGGUAAAAGCAAGCAGGAAUUAUCAUUCAUAGCAAGCAUCAAAUGCCAGGACAAAAUACAGCAGUAUGAAACCCUUCAAAAGAAAAACCUUGAACAAGUAAACUCUUCAAUAACAUUCCAGCCUAAUGGUGAAAUUGUGCAAUACCUGUCCAACCUAACAGGUCUUGGGAGGAUUGAACACAAUACAUUGACUGUGCAGAGAAAGCCAGACCCAAUAAUAAAGCUGAAAGGGAAGAUUAUAAAGUAUGAUGUGAGAAUACUGAGUGAUGAACAAAAAUGCAAUAUCUCAGCCAUCUGUGUUCUCCCAGACAGACAGGUCCUGGUUGUAGAUAGCACGAAUAAUAAAGUCAAGCUGCUGAACCGGAAGUACCGGGUGGUGAAUCACUGGGAUGAGGCUGCAGAUGACAUGUGUCAGAUAGCACCCAGUGAGGUGGCAGUGACUAUGAAUAAAAUGGUCAAGUUCAUCACAGUCAUUAACAACCAGCUGGUGAAAGGCAGGGAGCUUCAGUUAGACCAUAAAUGUUUGGGUAUUGCCCAUCACCAAGGAGACCUGUUUGUCACCUCUGGUUUUGCACUCUACAAGUACACCCUGAGUGGUCAACUGGUCAGCCAACUAUACAUGGAUAAAUCAGAUACCAUGACAUUCAAUACAGUGGAAAGGUGUGCAGUGAGCCUGACCGGCGAUAAGUUGUACAUUAGCAAUACCGACCAGCACACGGUCCUCACCCUGGCCAGGGAUGGAACAGUCCUUUCAGUCUUCAAAGUCCCUGAACUACUAACUCCAUAUGGCAUUCAUGUGACACCUGCAGGCCAGGUGCUGGUAUGUGCAUGUGGCGGCUAUUCUGCUUCUAGCAUCAUACAAAUGGACAGUAAGGGCGGUAAGGAGCUGGCCACUCUGGCUACAAGGAGGGAUUGGGUUGAGGGCGCAGACUCAGUCUGCUACAACAGCAACACUGCUUCCAUUAUUGUGGGGCAGUUUGAAAACAACAGUAUCCUGGUGUUCAAAGUGUAGUUUGUUAGUUUUGUUAAUGUAGUUUAAGAUGUGUUUCUUAAUUAAUAUGUAUUGCAUGUUAAUAUUUCACUUUUGUUCUGAAAACUCAAUAAAUUUAUGCAUUACCCUUUCCCACUCAGAAGCAAAGUGAAAAUGUUUUAGUGCACACAGCAUAAAACCAGAACAGCCUGCAAGUAACUGACAGUCUGUUCAGGUUUUAUGCUGUUUCCUGCUCAUCAGUAUCUAAGGAUUGGAAAUGAAGCCUAAAAAAAACUUGAAUUUAGUAAGAAAGGUCUAAAAUUAAAUAUAACUUUCUGAGGGACUACAAAUGCUUGAAAAUAUGUAUCUAUGUGGUAAAGGGUUAAUUGGCACUUGAUUUGUAAACUAAGCGACUAGAUGAUACAUCAACUUUCACUCGUGUGUUUAUAAAGAGUUUUAUUUUCAUGUGUACAUUUAAAUGAAUUUUUUUUGUGUGUGCUGAUAAUUGAAGGUCUGAAUGUAAAAAAUCAUUAAGCAGAAGACAAAUGUGAAAUCUUCAUCCUGUUUUGAUGGUUGGGGUUUGUUUAUUUUAUUUCCUAUUCUAAGCUGACAACAUUUUAAACCCAGACAUGUUGAAAAUGUAACAUGUCCAACUUCAAAGACUGAAAUAAAUGCAGUUUUUUUAGAAUACAUAAUCAACCUUUGUCAGUUUAAUCUUCCUGCAUUCUGAAAAAAAUGUUCAACUGCAAUUAGUUUAAUGAAGCCAAGUGUUCAAAAAUGACUUAAAUUUGAGUCUUCUGAGAAAACUGGGCAUAAUGCAUGAGCCUUUAGUGUUGUCCCAGAUUAGCCCGUGCAAUCUGGGAUGACACUUUACGCAGAUGCAUUUUGCCCAGUUUUAUCAGAACACGACUCAUUUUGGCACACUCAUUAAAACAGAAUACUUCAUUUUCUCAAACAACGAAGUAACUGAUUAUCACAACCAUGUAACAAUGUAUAACAUAUUGGAACAAAAUUUAAAGGGACUGUCAACCGCGAUUGACGAAAAAGAAAAGUUUUUAAAAUACUGUAUUUUUUUACAAUUAUUAGUUUAUAUUGAUUAAAAUAUCACGAUUAUUAUUAUUAAUUGAAAAAAGUUCUUAUUUUCAGUAUAUUCAGUAAUAAAAUUUCACUAUAAAUAACGCAAGCAGAUCAUUUUAUAUAUAAAAUUCACUACGAAUACACAAUUUGCAUUCCUGGGUUAACCACAUGUCGAUGAUGAUCAAUCUACUUGCGUUAUUUAUAGUUAACUGGUAGUUACCUGGUAGUAAUACCCAGUAAAAUUUAUUACAGAAUAUACUGAAAAUAUGAAAACUUAACAACUUUUUUCAAGUAAUGUAAUAUACCAGUCGUGAUAUUUUAAUCAAUAUAAACUAAUGAUUGUAAAAAACACGGUAUUUUAGAACUUUUCUUUUUCGUCAAUCGUGGUUGACAGUCCCUUUAAUGUGAUUUUUAUGCCCCCUUCGAAGAAGAGGGGGUAUAUUGCUUUGCUCAUGUCGGUCUGUCUGUCGGUCGGUCUGUCCACCAGGUGGUUUCCGGAUGAUAACUCAAGAACGCUUGGGCCUAGGAUCAUGACACUUCAUAGGUACGUUGAUCAUGACUUGCAGAUGACCCCUAUUGAUUUUGAGGUCACUAGGUCAAAGGUCAAGGUCACUGUGACCCAAAAUAGUAAAAUGGUUUUUGGAUGAUAACUUGAGAACGCAUACGCGGCCAACAGGCCGAACUCUGAACAAUAUAAAUGAAGCAACUUUUCUGUAAUCCUAAAUCUAUAAUUAUCAGUCCAAUGAAACAUCAUCAUUUGAGUAAAAUAAAGUGGAUCAGUAAAAAUAUUAUCAGAAUAUGAGAUUUUUUUGUACAGUUUGUGUAUUAAAUAUUGUGUUAAUGUUUAAUUUUGUUGAUUAAUAUAAAUAUAAGCAGGACAGGAGAAACAAAUGCAAUAAGUUUAAAUUUCAUGUUUAAUAAAUAGAGGAUAUUUGUUCAUGUCA